CCGCAUCGGAGGCUUUUUCAUGCUGUGAAGGCCAAUCAAGGCAAUGAUGAAAGCCACUGUCCCCGCCAUCUCGUUCCUGCGCGAAUCCCGGCCUCGAGAAGCAUCGUCAUGCGCCACACCACAUCAUGGCCAUGACGUGCCCGCCGAUCCUGGGGUGAAUGUGAACCUGUUUCCAGACAUGGGUGGGUUCUUUCAUGGAGCACGUAUAAAGUACCGCUGAGAUUCGCCUCUGCCUCUCUUCAUUAUCAACAACAUCACAUCACUCCACAUCUACCACACCAACUCAACUUCAAACCCAAACCAAUCAACAACAACUCUUCAUCAUGGUCCGCCGCUCAACCCGCACCACCACCCGCAAGCCUAGCUUGAUGUCGCGCCUUCGUGGCCGCCGCUCUACUCGCACCAGCCGCCGCACUCCCGCUACAACGACCACCACUACUACGACCAAGACAACCCGCACUACCCCCGGCGGAGCUGGAGUCGGAGCAACUGGCGUCCACCACCAGCGCCGCAAGGUCAGCAUGGGCGACAAGGUCUCUGGCGCGAUGAUGAAGCUCCGGGGCUCUUUGACGAGGCGUCCGGGUCUGAAGGCUGCUGGCACUCGCCGCAUGCACGGCACCGACGGCCGUGGCGUGAACCAUGUCUAUUAGACGCAUCGACGCGUUCGACCGACCUUAGCAAGCUGCAUAGACGUGCCUCACUCUUUUGAGCAGAGCGCCAACGCCACUCUCGACCCGCGUACCAUGGCGCGUUCACCCGCGUAAUGACAUGCUGGUUAAGUUUCAGGCGUCAGGUUCAGUUUUAAAAGGCGUGGGCAGUCGGUGCACUUGUCUUUGGACUUCCCUUUAUCAUCAACUGGGAUAAGGUGUACUUGUAGCAUUUUCGAACGAUUCCACGAUUGGGGGGAAGUGUACGAUAGGAAUUCUUGAUACCCUUGGGCUGCGGCUCGCAGAAUUGAAACCAACACAAUUACUUAAACUCGAAUGUC